AUGCGGAAGCCUGGGAAAAUUUUGCUAUGGAACCUCUUGGCUGCAGCCUUUGUUUUGGGCCAGGCAUGGAAAAAUGUGAAGCUUGGUUUGCACUCAAAUGGUGGAUUAAGGUCAGACUGUGCUGGCAACCUCAUGAGGCUGUCACUGGAUGAGGUUCUUGCUGUAGGAAACCAGAUUGAAGUAGAAGCAAUCAAUGGCACUCAACAUAUUCUGGUGACACCCACUCUUGCUGCUCAGUGUGGAUACAGCAUGGAGUCUGACCCCUGGGGGAAUACCAGAAUCUAUAUGUCUCUGUUGGGCUGCUACAUGGAUAACAAGGAUGACACAACAUUCAGUGCUGGUUUGAGACUCCACAUGUACAAGAAUAGUCCAUCGGAUGUGGUUAGCCAUGAUGUCGCCCAGACAUGCAGCUACACUCGCUGGGCCCCCAAAGAGAUCCUCUGUGAUAGGAACUACAUGGAAGUGUCUUACAUGGCCAAGUAUGACCAACAGGCUGAGGUCAAGGGACAAGAUGACAACCAAUUCAACACCAUUCCUGAUGAGUCAAGUGAGGCACAUGAAAUCUGGAAGAUGACAUUUUACACUCCUGAACCUGUGGUAAUGGUGCUGAAAGAGGCUGAACAAGCUGGCUACAGUGCCAAGACGACGCCAUCUCGUCUUGUUGUGCGUGGUCCCUAUAAUGGAGCGGAAACUUACUCUGAAGACGUCGCUGGGGUCCCCAUGGAAGUCCUCAGGGUGAGCGUUUACCACAAAGACCAGCAUGGGCUGAAUGUUGUCGACUUGGCAGCAGCUUGCCCAACAGGUGGCGUCCUCUUCACUGAUGAGCUCAUCUCUUGGCACAUACCGCGCCAUGUGACACCUCUUACUGAUGGCAGAGUUAAAAUUAUAGAACUGUACAUGGGACUCAAUGGGCAGAGGCUGGAUAAGUCUCAGAUGGCUGCACGAGGCUACUUGCUCUCCAACACAGACUUCCACAUCAUCGUGGAGAUCCCAGUGGGCUCACCUGAUGGUUAUUACAAGAGUCAUGCCCUGGACUACCACUACCAAAUCACCUACACUAUUGAACCCAUGCUUGAAGUGCUGUGGAGGGCAGAGGAGGUGCAUGAUGAAACUAGAUAUAAAGUCCUGUUCCCAAUUACGACCCCACCAAUGCCACAUCCUCCCACUACUGAAGAUCGUACAGUCCCAGAGGAACGGAUCUUCAGUGUCCAUGUGGGGUCAUUCCUUCAUGAUGUGGUGCUGCAAAACAUCACUUUUCCCAGUGGAGUUAUUACAGUUGCUGAAAGUAAUGCCAGAGGUUUUGCUGUCCAGGAACACAUCUUGUCCAAUGGAACAAUUGUGUUCUCUCUGCAAGUGCCCUUUGAUGCUGAUGCUGUCCUGAAACAUAACCCCGAACCGCUUGUAACAAACUACUUCCUUCCUCUUGAGUUUGGCUUUGUUGUCCUGCCUGAAGGCACUCCUUUUGCUCACACAGUGGAGUUGCAGGCAUCUCUGCAGGAUGUUGUGCUGCCUUCCUUUACUGGAACCUGUGACCAGGAUCAGUUUUCCAUCACUGUAAGAUAUGGUAACCAAGGCCACAACUUCCAGACCCUGGUCGGAACUAGUUUCUUGACACCUGAGCUGAUGGAGGCCUACAACUUCCAUGAGAAUAGCACACACUUCAGCAUUGACGUUCCAUAUACUGCCCCAGACACAGCAUUUCAGGCAAUUACCACUGGCUCAGUGAGUGCUAGACUGGACAUGCUGCUGUGGGACCCCAAUAAUGAAUGGGUGCUUGGUGACCUUUACCUGGCCUGCAGCUUUCCCUUGCUGAUGACUGAGUGCCACCCCAAUGGAACAAUUACUGCCCUAGCUGUGAAAGUGGAAUCUGUACCCAACCUCAACCCGAGUUGGCUGACACUGAGGGACACGACUUGCACACCAGUCUUCAGUGAUGACCGCUUUGCUCACUUCACUUUCAGUGCUGACUCUUGUGGAACAACUAGAACAUUCUUCGGCAACUACAUGCUGUAUGAGAAUGAAAUUAGCCUCCCAUUUGAUAAUGAGAAAGGAGUAGCCCACACAUCACCCGUUGAUCCUGAUUACAGGCAAACGGUGUCUUGCUACUAUGUGGUCAAUGACACUCAGACGAUUGCCUUCAGUCCUAAACCAAGACGCUAUGAUCCUAGAGCUGAGAUUGGCUCAGGAAUGUUCAUGGUGCAGAUGAGACUGGCCAAGGAUUACUCGUAUGACUACUUCUAUGACAUUGAAGAUUACCCAGUAGAGAAAUAUCUGAGAGAACCUCUUUACUUCGAAGUGGAACUCGUCUCAAGUGACAUCCACUUCGAGCUUAUCUUGGAGAACUGUUGGGCUACUAACAAAGAAGACAGGACUUCUCUCCCAAGCUGGGACAUAAUUGUUGACAGUUGUGAGAACCCUGAUGACAUCUAUACGACAGUCUUCCAUCCUGUUGUGGUUGACGCUAGAGUCUCAAUCCCUAUUCACUACAAGCGUUUCUCUGUGAAGAUGUUCACGUUCAUCCAAGAAGAAAAGGUUCUGAAAGAUGAGAUUUAUAUCCAUUGUGAUGUGGUCAUCUGUGACACAACCAGCCCUGCAGAGGAUGUCUGCCAAGGCCAGUGUGCUCAUCCCAGUAUGAGGCACCAAGGUGCAAAACGGGGACUAAGAAGUCCAGGCUCAACCUACCAAAAGAUGUCUUCUGGUCCUGUUGUUGUGCUGUCUACAGAUAAUAAUCUGCUUAGCCACCUGUCAUCUGCUAAAAUUGGUGCCACCAAACAACGUUGGGCAGCCCAGCUGGCUUCUUUUGACUUUGAAGUUAAGUAUCGCUCAGGAAAAAGCAAUAAGAAUGCAGAUUCUUUAUCCCGCCUGCAUCCUACUGGAGCACAAGACAUGGAAGCCUUACAUAACUCCCCAAGUCCUUGCAGCAAGCCCUGCAGGUUUCAUGGUCAGAUAUUGGCCAGGCAUGUCCUCUGGCACAUUGGUGUCAGACUUGAGAGGUGCCAGGUUGCCAAUGACACCCAACCGGCUGCUCAUAGCUUCAUGGAGCAUCUGCUGGCUUCUCGGCCUAAUUAG